UCAGCGGCGGGCCAACGGUGCGGAUACUUGACUUGGGCCAGAGCUGCCAACUGAAUGUGUGAGGUGCCAGUGACGACGAGGACGAGUGCGAAUCUCAGCAAAUCGGGCGGUGAUAUAAAUCAGGCAAGCGCUUCUACCAAAGAUCAAACCAAACGCCCAUAAACAAUUCAUCAGAAAGCGAGCAAACAAACGAAAGCGAAUAACAUAUAUUGUUUACAAUUGCCUAAAAGGGCAGGAGACAACCAAAUAAAAUAGUUUUGCAAAUUCAUGCCAUGACAAGUGGCUAAAACAAUAAGCACAAAACGUUUUAAAACUCUUUCGAAACACAAACAAUGAACGGCAGCAGCAGCAGCAGCAACAGCAGCAGCAAUAUCAACGGCAGCAGCAACAGCAACAGCAAGUGCAGCAGCAACAUCAUCACGGCAGCAAUAUCAACAUCGUCAGCAGCAGCAGGUCCGGCCACUCGGUCAUCAACGGGGACAACAACUAUGUUCUAUGGCUAAUACAAAAGCUACAAACAACAAAUCGCCAACAACAACUAAGCCAAAAGUUCGCCAAAGCAUUUGAUGCUAAAAUAACAACAAAGAAAGCAACAGCAGCAGCCACAUCAACAUUGGCAACACUUUUACGAGUUGCCAACUACCUUGUACAACGAAUUUUUAUUAUUGCACAAGGCCUUCGGCGGCACGUCGGCGGGAUCCUCUUAACCGCAGGUCGAUUAUGCGAUGGCAGCGGGAAGAGCCGCCGCUAUGCUGGAGGCUCCGGGUCCGCCCAGCGGUCAGGACAUAGCCAGCGACAACAGCGCCCAGCGACGCACUCUAUCCACGAAGGUGCGUCGAAAAGGGCCACGCCCCCAGCGGCGCCUGCACCCGCCCCUGCGUCGCGCACCCCCGCCCCGUCGGCCGCUCCACCUGCCACUCCACCUGCAGCUGCUGCUGUGGCUGCUCUACUGCUGCUGCUGCCACCUGGGGCAGCUGAGGGCCGAGUGCCCGGCGGUGUGCGAGUGCAAGUGGAGGAGCGGCAAGGAGUCCGUCUUGUGCCUUAACGCCAACCUGACCCACAUCCCCCAGCCGCUGGACGCGGGCACCCAGCUCCUCGAUCUCAGCGGUAACGAGAUCCAAUCGAUCCCCGACGAUAGUUUCGCGGCAGCCCAGCUGCUCAACCUGCAGAAGGUUUACCUGGCCAGGUGCCACUUGCGACUGAUCGAGCGGCACGCCUUCCGCAAGCUGAUCAACCUGGUGGAGCUGGAUCUGAGCCAGAACCUCCUCUCGGCCAUUCCCUCGUUGGCUUUGUACCACGUUUCGGAGUUGAGGGAACUCCGGCUGAGUGGCAAUCCCAUUUUGCGAGUGCCGGAUGACGCCUUUGGUCACGUUCCACAACUGGUGAAGCUGGAGCUGAGUGACUGCAAGCUUUCCCACAUUGCUGUGCGGGCCUUUGCCGGACUGGAGAGCAGUCUGGAGUGGCUGAAGCUGGACGGGAAUAGGCUGAGUGAGGUGAGGAGCGGCACCAUCACCUCGUUGGCAUCGCUGCACGGUUUGGAGCUGGCGCGCAAUGCCUGGAACUGCAGUUGCUCCUUGCGGCCGUUGAGAGCAUGGAUGUUGCAGCAAAACAUUCCCAGUGGCAUUCCACCAACCUGCGAGUCGCCUCCAAGAUUGUCCGGCAGAGCUUGGGAUAAGCUCGAUGUGGAUGACUUCGCCUGCGUUCCUCAAAUCGUGGCCACCGAUACCACGGCUCAUGGAGUGGAGGGUCGCAACAUAACCAUGAGUUGUUAUGUGGAGGGAGUUCCUCAGCCGGCGGUCAAGUGGCUGCUGAAGAACCGCCUGAUAGCCAAUCUCAGUGCUGGCGGGGAUGGGGACUCCGACUCGGAACCGCGAACCGCUGCAGCCACGCAGGGCAGGAAGACCUAUGUGGUCAACAUGCUGAGGAAUGCCUCGAAUCUGACCAUUCUCACGGCUGACAUGCAGGAUGCGGGGAUCUACACGUGUGCGGCGGAGAACAAGGCAGGGAAAGUGGAGGCCAGCGUUACCCUGGCUGUUUCCAGGAGGCCUCCUGAAGCUCCCUGGGGUGUGAGGAUUAUCCUGCUGGGUGUUAUAGCCGCCCUGCUCCUCGUCGGUGGAUCGUCCUUUGCCGCCAUUUGCCUGUGCUCCCUGCAGCGGCGAAGGAAACUGCGACUCUGGAACUCCGUGCCGCCGGUGAGGAGGAGCGAGAGCUACGAGAAGAUCGAGAUGACCGCCAGGACGAGACCGGACUUGGGUGGUGGAGCCAGUUGUGGGGGAGGCAGUGCCACGGGCGCUGGACUCUUCCACGAUGCCGAGGAGCAGGGCUACCUGCGAGCGGCGCACACUCCUCUGAAUGAUAACGAUGCGGGACAGGCGGCGGCCAUCGUGAAUCCGAGUGCGGGAAGCGCUCAGCGGAGGAACGGCGACUACCUGCACGUGUCCACCCACUGCGACGACGAGGAGGAGGAGGGUCAGCAGCAGCAGGUGCACCACCACCCCCAGCCGACGAGCCAGCAGCAGCACCACCCACAUCCCAAUCAGCAGCAGCAGCAGCAGAGGAAGGGCUCCCAGGGCCACGUUGUCUCCGCAUCCGGGGCGAAUAAUUCAGCGCCGCUGGAGGAAACGGAUCUGCACAUACCGCGCCUCAUCGACAUCGGCGGAACCGAUUCCGCCUCGAGUUCGAUAUCCAGCCAGGUGGACGCGGCUGCCCGCUUAGCGGGAUACGCAGGCCACACCUGGAAGACCACGCCCAUUGCCACCACGAAAAUCAACUCGCCGCACAGCAAGCCAGCGAAUGCGGCGGCUCCCUCUUCCCUGAAUCCCCCAAGUACGGCCACGCCCUACGCCCACUACGGCAACCAUCCGGCGGACGAGAUGGCCACCUCGGUGUUCUGCAGCGAAGGACAGGAGAGCGAUCUGUUCGACAGCAAUUACCCGGAUCUGCUGGACAUCGCCAAGUAUGCGGUGGCCCAGGCGCAGCAGGAGGGUCGUGGAACGGGUUACGCCCAGGCCACGCCCACUCCGAACGGAGGCCUCUGUACACUGCCGCGAAAACUGAAGACCAGCGGCAAGUACUUCCGCAACUCCUCGGACAGUCAGUCGCCUCUGCUGGCGGAUAACUCCAGUAAAUACGGGAGUAGCACCCUUGGCGAUGGAAGUUUCCUCAAUGAGGCGAUGGGUUUGGGCAGGAGAUACUCCGCGGAAUCCAGUUAUGCGAACUAUUCCAGCACAGCCACAUACACUGGUGGUGGUCAGCGGGCGAAUAGUUUCCUCAAUCUGGUGCAGAGUGGCGCCCACAAGGGCAACCUGAUGCCGGGUCAUCUGGGUCAGAAGCCCAGUUUGCCCUCGAGUCCUGUGCAGCAUCAGCGAUCGCUAUCGAGUGCGGCCACGCCUCUUUUGGACUUCUCCGCCCUUGCCUCGCGGGCAGCUGGAGCGGCCAACUCCUCGGUGGCCGCCUACGACUAUCAUGCAGCUCAAUUGGAGAGAUUCCUGGAGGAGUACCGCAACCUGCAGGAUCAGCUGUGCAAAAUGAAGGAGACCUGCGACACGAUUCGGAAAAAGGAGACGCCACUGCGCGUGGCCAUUGGCCAGUCGGCUGCCCAGUUGGCCGAUCCCGUGAUGUACAGUGCAGCCUCGCAUAGUCCGAAACCGCCGGCGGCCAGCAAUCUGAAGACGAAGACCCUGUUGCCGGGACAACCGCCGGAUCCGCCGCCCUACUGGCUGCACCGCAACGCCAUGUUGAAGCGGUUAAACGGGGACGGCAGUGUUGGAGCGAACGGAUCCGGAGGAUCUCCCGCCUCCCCGCAACCCGGACAGGAUAUUUUCAAGAGCUAAUCGCAAUCGUGUACAGCCGGAGGAUUGAGUGAGGGAGGAGGAGGGAAAUCGAUGGGCUUCGGCAUGCCGAAGAUGGCAGGAGCUAACAGAAGUUAAAAAAAAUAAUGGCUGAUACCAAGAAUAAAUUUAAAGGUUCCAGAAACAAUAAUGUAGUUAAUUUUUAGAGUCAUACAAUAAUUAUUUUAAUAUAAUAUUGAAUUGAUUUCUUUUUUUUAAUAACUUAUGAAAAAUUAUUUUGAAUGCUACCAAACAAGAAACAAAUUGAAACUGCGUUGAAUGAAUUAUUAUUUUGAGAACAAUUAACUUAUACACCUUAAUCCCUGAAAGCUCCUGCCCAUCGAUUAAAUGCAUUUGUCUGGUUAGUUAGUUAGGCCUAGGUAGCUGGAGGACAUUCAACUGGUUCGGUACCCAGCCCCUCUGUUGUAUUAUAGAAACACUUUUCCACUCUUUAUACUCGCUACUACGCAAUAUUAAACACGACCCCGAAGAAAUCGGAAGACGAAGGUCAUAAGAAAUUGUAAGUGUAUAGACAGCAAUCCCUAAGAAAAAUAAAAAAAAAAAACACUAUCUCGAAAACACACCUAUCGGAACCUAAUUCUAGAAUCCCCAAAAAGCUCUCGUGUUAGUCUAACUACAAGUGUUUUUGUACUUUAAGCGAUCUCAAUAUAAACAAGGAAAAUAUAGAUGACCUUAAAUAUCAUAAGUAUGAGUUGGCACAGACUGCAGAUCGAUAGAUUGACGUAUCGUUUGAUUGUUAGAUGUUUGUUUUUCAGUUACGCAGUUCAGGUCACAAAUUGUAAGCCAAUUAGAUCCAACCUCUAAAUUGUAAUUAAAAGCGAUACAAAAAACAAAAAAAAAACUAAAAACAUAUUUUAGGGUGUCACUAAACUAAAACUCGAAAGCAUUUCACCCAACCAACAAGAGAAAGCAAAAUAAAAUUAGUUGAGAAUUGAAAGAAAAACAAA